AUGAAUCAAGGUCAGGCUUAUGCAAAUGGACAUAAUAUUGGUCGCUAUUGGAUGAUUAAGGACGGAAAUGGAGAGUACACUCAGGGAUAUUAUCACAUUCCGAAAGACUGGUUGAAGGGUGAAGGUGAAGAGAAUGUGCUGGUUCUUGGUGAGACUCUGGGUGCGAGCGAUCCAAGUGUGACUAUCUGUACUACUGAAUAUGUUUCGAAUUGA